AUGGAGGAGCGUUCGUUUUCGCUUCAAUUUAAUCCUUUGCAGAGGAUUAAGACUGUUAAAGAGUAUGAGAACGAAAUUGAGGAGCUCCGCAAUGAGAAUUUUGAGCUGAAGCAUCAAGUGCUGCAUUACAAAGGACAACAGGGACCUACAAUACAGGAGGACAUUCAGAAACUUCUUGUUGACAGCAAGCGGUCGAUUGACAUUCUUGAGGAGGAGAAUGAAGGACUGAACAAGCAAGUAGAGGAGAUGGCAGAGAGAAUAAGGAGGAUGAUUAAUGAGAAGGAUGAGAUGGAGAGAAGACUUGGGAUGAACCUGAGUGAGUUUUGUAGUAAGAUAGCGAUGCUUGAGGAGGAGAAUGGAAGGCUUCUGAAGCAUUUGGAGGGCAUGAACGGAGUGAAUGCAAAGAUAAGGAUGGAGAAUGAGAAGCUGAUUGAUGAGAACACAAAGAUCAGAGAGGAGAGUGCGAUAGUGAAUGAAAAGUUGAAUCAGAGCAGAAGUGGAUUAGAAGAGCAGAUGACUGAAGUUGUUGAAGAAAGGAUGAUGAUUGAGAAGGAGUUGCUGUCUUACAAGAAUGCAGUUUUGAAUUUGAACAAGGAAAGGGAUCAACUUGUUUAUGAGCGUGAAAGAGAGAGAGGAGAGUAUUGUGGAAGGAUUAGUCAACUACAAGCAGUGAUUGGAGAUUUUGAAAGUCGAGUUAAUGGAAGUGAGUGUGAGAUGAUGAAGAUGAGGGAGCAUUAUGGAAAGAUGAAGAGUGAGUAUGAUGAGAUGUAUAGACAGAGACAAAGCGGUGAGAUGUAUAUACAGGAGAUGAAAGAAAACUACAUGAGGGAGACUAAGGAGAAGCAAGAGCUUGCACUGAAGAAUGAAGGGAUGAAGAGGGAAAUUGAGCAGUUGAAGGAUGUUAGAGCGGAGCUGAAGAAGAGGAUUGAAGUGUGUGAGAAUGAGAAAAGAGCGUUGUGCUAUAAGGUAUCGCAAGAUAAAGCGUCUGAUGAUGAGAUUGAUAGAUUACGAAAUGAGAUGAGUAUGCUAAGGAAGGAGAAAGACGAGAUGCGAGAAGGGAUUGAGAAUUUGAAGAAGCGUUGUGAGGGAUAUGUUGAGGAGCUUGAGAAGUCUAAGGAUCUUCAAGGGAUUUUGAAGGGAUUUGUGCAAGAAAAAGGAAAGGAAUGUGAUAGGAAGAUACAAGAGAUUGUAAAGAUUGCAGAUGAGGUAGAUGACAAGGUUUGUUUGCUGUGGAAGAUGAUGGGAGAGAUGAGGAAAAGUAGAGGAGAUGGAGAAUUGGGCAGACAGGAGACUGAAUUUUUGCAUAAAGAGAUUAGCAAUUUGAAAAGAAAGAUAGAAGAGUAUCAGAAGAUUGCAAGGGUUGAUGAUGAGGGAAUGAAGUUCCUGAGAGGGCUUGGCAUCAAUCCUAGUGCACAUCUGAAUGAGGUUGUGAUUAGAUUUAGGUGUGUGUAUAAGGAUGUGAUGAGGAAGAUGAGACUGAUUGAUAAGGAGGCGAAUGAAGCAAUGGGAUUUGCAGAGAACAAUAAGGAUGUAAUGCAUGAAAGAACGAUGAAGUAUCUUGAGGAAUUUACAAAUGAGUUUAAUAUUGCAAGGAAGGAUCUUGAAGAAUGCAAGAAAUAUCUAGAGAAGAAGGGUAAGGAAAAUAAAAACCUGAAGGCCAAUAACCAGUAUCUUGAGAAGAGGUUUGAUGAAUGCAAACGCAGUGAGGAGAGAAUGAAGAGUUUGUAUGUGAUUAUGGCAGACAAGUUGAAGAAGAAGGACGAAGCCAUAUCAAAGCUUGAGAUGAGGAUAGGCGUGCUGUGA